GCUAUAGUCAAAAAGAGAUAAGUGUUGGCAAGAAUGUACAGAAAAGUGGAAACCUCAUAUGUUGCUGUUGGGAAUGUAAAAUAAUGCAACUGUUUUAGAAAACUGUGGCAGUUCCUCAAAAGGUUAAAUGGAGUUACUAUACAAUCCACCAGUUCCACUCCUUGUUAUAUACCCAAGAGAAACAAAAACAUGUCUGUACAAAAACUUGAACAUAAAUGUUCAUGACAAUAUUAUUCAUAAUAGUCAAAAGGUGGAAACAACCCAAAUGUCCAUCAACUGAUGAAUGGGUAAAUAAAAUUGGUAUAUCCAUACAAUGGAAUAUUUUUUGGCAAUUAAAAGGAAUGAAAUACUGACAUAUGCUACAUGGAUGAACCCUAAAAACACUAUAUGCUAAGUGAAAGAAGGCAGUCACAGAGGACCACAUAUUGUAUGAUUCUGUUCACAUGAGAUGUUCAGAAUAGGCAAACCCAUAGAGGCAGAAGUAAAUUGGUGGUUUCCUAGGACUGAGGGAAUUGGGGGGAAAUGGGCAAUGACUAAUGGGUAAAAGGUUUCUUUCUGGGGUGACUAAAAUGUAAAAUUGAUUGUUAUGAUGGCAACACAAAUCUGUGAAUACAUACACUAAAAGCCAUUAUACACUUUAAAUUGGUGACUUGUAUGACAUGUAAAUCAUGUCAAUAAAGCUGUUUAAAACAAAACAAAACAAAAAACCCGAAGAACUGUGCCAGACACAAGGGUACCAACCUGCUCUCAAAGAAUUUAAUACUGUGGCAGAGCCAUAAACAUGUUUAUAUUAAAAAGUCAUGUGCUAAGGUACAGACGUGUAUGAAGAGUUAUGUGAGCACAAAGUAGGGCAUCUGAACCCGACUGGAGAAUCUGGAGAUGUUUCCAUUUGGUGGAAAAUGAUGCCUGAGCUGAAUCUUGAAGGAAAACAAAAGUUAGCCAGGUGAAGUCAAGUGGAACAAAGACCAGCAAAGACAGGUUUGUGUUGAACAAAGGAACUGGGAGAAGUACUAGGAGUAAUCUGAUGUUUCUAAUACGGCAAAGUACGAGGAGAGUGCCGAGCCCAUCGCAAAGAAGCUUGGAUAAUAACAAUAAUAAAUUCCUAAGUGAACUAUUAGUUACAGCUUAAAAAAAAAGGUCGCCCCGCUUUGCCCCAGCUCUGCACAGGUACGACAAACAAGCGAGUACCGCGAGGCGGAACGGAUUUUGCGGGCGAUGGGGGCACGUUUCCGGAACGGACCGGGGAAAGGAAGUGUGUUACUUUAUCGAGGGCACCCACUCCCGGCUUCCGCGGGGAUGGUGCAGGGUGCUUCGUGUCACUGCUUCCCCGGCCUGGCCUGAGCACUUGGGUCUCCGGUGAAGGGCGGAGGUAGCCGCAAGCUCGGGACCUGCUUGUUUCUCUGGCGGACACCACGGGCUGACCGUGGUCGCUGCUCUUUGGCUGCUCUUGCUGACCUUGGCCCAGGGUCGGAGCCGAUGGCGUCUUGGGCCGCUGUCAGCCUAGGCAGAGUUCCUGCCCGGUGCUUGUGGGCGCAAGGCCCCGGUGUCCGGGCGGCUCUUCCGUCCACCCUCGCGGCCUCCCAACCUGAGCCCACGGGCUGCAACCCCGCUCCGGGCAGGACGCUGCACCUCAGCGCGGCGGUCCCCGCAGGGCACAACAAGUGGUCCAAAGUCCGGCAUAUCAAGGGUCCCAAGGACGCCGAAAGGAGUCGCAUCUUCUCCAAGCUCUGUUUGAGCAUCCGCCUGGCGGUUAAAGAAGGAGGCCCCAACCCUGAACUCAACAGCAGUCUGGCCAACAUCUUAGAGAAAACCAAGGAUGUUUAUUUGCUGUAUGAGGGCCGAGGCCCUGGUGGCUCUUCCCUGCUCAUUGAGGCAUUAUCCAACAGUGGCUCCAAGUGCCAUUCAGACAUCAGACAUAUCCUGAACAAGAACGGGGGAAUGAUGGCUGAUGGAGCUCGCCACUCCUUUGACAAAAAGGGGGUGAUCGUGGUUGGAGUGGAGGACCGAGAGAAGAAAGCCGUGAACCUAGAGCGUGCCCUGGAGAUGGCAAUUGAAGCAGGAGCUGAAGAUGUCAAGGAAACUGAAGACGAAGAGGAAAAGAACAUUUUUAAAUUUAUUUGUGAUGCCUCUUCACUGCAUCAAGUGAGGAAGAAGCUGGACUCGCUGGGCUUGUGUUCUGUGUCCUGUUCGCUAGAAUUCAUCCCCAACACAAAGGUGCGGCUCGCUGACCCCGACCUGGAGCAGGCUGCCCUUCUCAUCCAGGCUCUUGGCAACCACGAGGAUGUGAUCCAGGUCUAUGACAACAUUGAGUAACCAGGCUGUAUGUGCCCAUGAGGUCCUUCCUAGGCAACUGGCAGCCCUUUCUGGAGCACAGGCUUUUGCAGCGUACUCUGAGACUGAAGCAGAUUGGAGACCUAGCAGCUUAGGAGACACAAAACCAAGACCUGCAGCCCUUUGAGGCCAAGGGAAUCACUACAUCUCUGUGGGGCCUCUUUGUCAGUUCUGCUGAUGUCUCAUAGCCCUCCUGGAUGCAGGGUGGAAACAGCCAGCUAAUCAGACUCUGAUCUCAGGGAAGGAUAGGUGCCCUGAGGACCCAUGUACUAUAAACUACUUUUUUUUUUUUUAAGAGAGAGAGGGAGAAUGCCUGAGCAAGGUAGAGGGGCAGAGGGAGAGAGAAUCUCAAGCAGGCUCCACUCUCAGCAUGGAGCCUGACACAGGGCUCAGUCCCACAAAUGACCUGAGCCGAAAUCAAGAGCCAGAUAAUCAACUGAGCCACCCAGGCACCUCGGAAGCUACUCUUAAAUAAGGUGAUUGAAAAAAAUAAUAAUAAUAAUAAGGUGAUUGAUGUGGGUUGCUGCACUGCUAUUGUGUGGGUUUUUGUCCAGCUGUUGGAACCCUCUUGACUUCCUUUGACAUCUAUGGGUUUAGUUCCACUACUCCAGAACUUUUUUUUUUUUAAUUGACCAAAGAAAUGUAGCUCUCUUUGGGUACUACUUUGUGCUCUAAUGCUGGUUUAAUGGCCUAAACCUGUCACUGAUCAUGCAAAUAGUAUUUGUCAAACACCUGUGUACCAAGACCUGUACUUACCAGGAGUACAGGCUAUUUAUUUGGUGCCCUGAGUUAGAUCCUGCCCUAAGGCAUAAGACCUCAGAGGUCAGACACAGGACUUCUGUCUGCUGGAGCUAUCCUAGGGCAGUGUGAGCUGCUGUGCCUGCAUCCUUGUUCUCUUCAGGUGGCCUCUGUGCCCUGCUUCUGCCAGAGAGCUUAAGGUUCUAACCCAGUAGGAAACCCAAGUGCCAAUAAUAAGGGACUCCCAGGCCCUGCUUUGCCCAGCCUUCCAUGUGUUCUGAGAUUGGUCAGAGUGGACCUGUGAGCAGAUUGGACUGCUCUCAGGAAAGGCUGUGCCAUGCUGGUUUUGAAACUUGCUUGAUCCCCAGAACACCCACCCUGUCUCCUUUUCAUCCCUGCUGCUAAAUGAUGGGGCACUGGGAACUGGAGAGGAAAUGAGAAUAGAAGGAAGGGUGAAGGACUGAGUCAGAGCCUGACAGCUGGGGAAUAGGACCCUGUGUACAUUAUGCUCUUCAGAGUCACUUUUGGGUUUAGAGAGACCAAGAGUGCCAAUCACCUGUGCUGGAGCCCGUCAAGCAUGUCAAGCCUGGAGUAGCUUUUUGAUCCCUAUUAUUCACCUACUCAAGUUUUUUAAGCCAGUUCUGAACUCAGUAAUUUUCCUGAAGGAGCCUCAGGUAAAUGAGGAAAAGAAGAAAAACCAAUUUGGCUAUAAAUAAUAACUUCCUCCUUCUAGGAAAAGAUCCCUAAUUCCAUCAUGACUUCAGCAGUUGGAAAGCAAAGGCAAGGGGGAGGAAAACCAAUGAAUAAACCAUGAAAAUGCCAAAGCAUAUGCUCUUAUACCUCAUUUCAUAAUCAUGAUACUACCUGGAAUUUUGUUUGUAUAGGAGAUAACUCAUCCAAAUAUCUGAUGAACACAUCAUUAAAAUAAUGCAACUUAAAGUUGAAGUGCUGCUUUGUAAUUUAUAAGAUGAUUCUUUCAUAUGUUAUUUAUUUGAUUUUCACAGAAAACCUAUAAAAUAAUGAGGCCAAGUAUUUUAUGAACAAAUGGUCUCAUACCAAGCAGGUGAGAAUAGGUCUAAUACUACAUUUUCUAUUGAUAGACCUUGGUUUGUAAAAUAGCUCUGUUUUGUAAACUUUGAAUAUAAUUAUAAUUUGGAGGAAUGUGAUAAUUUCUGAUAUGAGACAUCUGCACCAGGAAAGCCAUCUCUGGAAGGGAACUUGGCUACUCAUGUGAACAUUCCUCUAAUCUAAUAGGUAGGAUUUGUUAAUAAUUUUUGUGUAACCAAUUUUCUUCCAGCAAGGCAUACUAGAUGGCUCUGCACUGACCCCUGGUGGUGCCCCACAGUCUUUCCUGAGGUUAAUAUGGAAGAGGCAGAAAUGAAACCUUAUUUGGACCUGUUCUGCUUCUAAGUCUGCUAGAGCGCUUUAGCUACAUAGGUUAAGUAGUUAAAUAACUAUUUAACUGAAUAGUUAAUUAGAGAGGGUAGGAGUUAUUCUUCUACUAAAACUUAUUUUUCAAAGAAUAUUUUAGGUCAGAAAAUGUUUACAAUAUAAUGUUAAGUGGAAAACAAAGAUGUGAAAAACUGUAUAGUAUGGUCCAAAUUUUAAAAUCUAGUCAUAUCUAUGUAUGAACUUAAAAAAAAAACAGAAGGAAGUGUAUCAAAAUCUCAAAACUGGUUAUCUCUGAAUGGUGAUGUUAUCACUGAGUUUUAUUUUCUAUAAUCAUAUAUUUUACCAGGGGAAACAUUUUUUCAAAAGAAAACUCGUCACAUUAUUGUCCAACUAGGGAGACCACAUGUGAGAGGCCAGGAGUCAGGCAUACCCUAAAGUCAGAAGAAUGAGGUCUGGUCCUGGCUUGCCUUUACCUUGUCUUUGGUCAUUGUCUUAGCAACACAAAAUCAUUCAAUACCUUGCAGCUGGCUUGGGCUCACUUUCAAGUGACCUUUUAGUGGGAUGGGAGUAUUGGUGACCAGUUCUGUACAUAGCCUUGACUCUUAAAAGAAGUGUUCAUGUGCUUUGUAGCUGCCUUCACUCUGCCAGAGGCCCCAGCUGAAUCAAAUAGGAACCAUGAAGGCUUUGCCUCCAGCCAACAAUAGAAAAACCAUGAGUUACUGAGUUAUUUUUUUGUCUUUUUUUUAUUCUCUGAAACUUAUAGUACAACAGUCAGUAUAACUUCACACUGGAAGAAAUCGCAACUUGUAGACUUUUACAAGUCCCCUGGACUCCUCUGGAGACGUUCUGAGGAGGAAAUAAAUGAGCCAGUAGGUCUGACAAAAGAGAAUGUUAUGAUAGAUGCUAUAUUAGUCUUGACUGAAAUGGCUUUCUCUCCUGAUGCUAACCCCGGACACUGAACAGGAUAGUAGUUCCUACUUUUUCCUCUUUUUAUCUUUCUUUUGACUAUGCCAAAAAGGUAACAUUGGGUUUUUUUGAAUGAGUAAGUGAACCUCAAAUGGGGGACUUCCCUACCCCCUUACUUGUAAGAUACAACCAACAUUAACAAUCUACUCUUUAUUAUUCUACUCAUUGGAACUGAUCUUCUGGGGAAUAAAUUUUAACUCUUCCAUUUGCCAGCAACCUUGGACAAGAACUUCACCUCUUUGUACCUGUUUCUUCAUGUAUAAAAUAUGGAUAAUAGUAUCUAUCUCUUAGGGCUAUUUUGAGAAUUAAGUAAGUUAAUAUAUGUUAAGCGCUUAAGACAGUGCUCAAUAAAUGUUGCCCCCCCCCCACUAAAUAUGAAUGAACAUUUUUUUAAACUGAAAUGUGAUUGCCCUCUACAUUUCAGCCUUAUAAACUAUUUUUGUUUUUGUUUUUGUUUUUCACUUCACAAUAUAUCCUGGAUGUUGCAAUCAACAUUACUUACUUUUGCUCAUUUGCAAAGUGUUCCUUUGGAUAAAUUUAUAGAAAUGGAAUUUCAAAAUGGAAAAGCAGUUUUUCUCUAUAAGUUAAUGUCAAUAAUAAAUAAAAUAUCAUGGUUGUAAAAAUCUUCUAUGAGGUAUACAUCAAUCCUUAACAAUGCAGAUAAAGUGUUUGAACUGGUAACCUGAAUAUAUUCUACUUUACCUCUGAAUUAAAAGAAUUUUCAGAAAAUCA